GCGUGGGCGCUGAAUCUUCAGGUAUGGGUAAGAUUUUUCCGGGACAGCGCCGUCUCAGAAAUUUCGGUCAAUUGAUUGCUGUUGUUAUAAUUUACUUUUUCUUGGCACUACAAAAACCUGUUAACCAAGUUAACA